AUGAAGAUUUGUAUUUUAUUGCUUUUUUUAUAUAAAAACGUAUUAUCUUUUAAAUUUAAACAAAAUGCAUCAAAUAAUCUUAUAAAAAUUAAAGGUAGCUUUAAAGGUUCUUUUUAUAAUAGAAAUAUGCUAUUACUGGCACAUACGAAUAAAAAUUUCAGAAAUUUAGGAAGAGAUAGAUCACAAAGAAGAGCUCUGCUUAGAGCUUUAACAACCAGUUUAUUAAGACAUGGUAAAAUUAUAACAACGGAGGCAAAGGCUAAGGAAGCAAGAAGAAAAGUAGAUAGAAUAAUAACAUAUGCAAAAAGACAUAAUGAUAAUAAACAAUAUGCAUAUAGAUUAAUAGCUAAUUACGUUUAUGAUAGAGAAUUAGCAUAUAAUGUAGUUAAACAGGCUCCAAUUAAAUAUAAGGAAAGGAAUGGAGGAUACACAAAAAUAAAACUUUUACCUAAAAGUAGGAAAGGGGAUGCAGCAAGAAUGGCAGUAUUAGAACUUCUUUAA